CUAAAGGCAGGGGCCGAUUGGAAGGAAAUUGAAGUGAAACGGAAAGAAGCCCAUAAAAGCGGGGUUUGCCUCUUUGAAACAGGCCAAGGUAUGUUUGCGGUCGCUACAAGAUUACUUGCUCCGACUAGACUUUUCAUUUCUAAUAGAAACUUCAAACUCACACCCAUGGCCGCGGCUACUUUCUCCUCAAACUCGCCGUCUUACACCCCUUUGAAAAGGGUAGGCACCCACAAUGGAAGCUUUCACUGUGACGAAGCACUGGGAUGCUUUAUGAUUCGCCUAACCAACAAGUAUUUUGGAGCCGAAAUCGUGCGCACGAGAGAUCCGGAGGUGUUACAGACUCUUGAUGCUGUUCUUGAUGUUGGUGGAGUUUACGAUCCUAGUCAAGAUCGUUAUGACCACCAUCAAAAGGGUUUUGCAGAGGUUUUUGGACAUGGGUUUACUACUAAGCUUAGCAGUGCUGGUCUUGUUUAUAAGCAUUUUGGGACAGAGAUAAUUGCAAAAGAGCUUCAGCUUGAUGAAGGGCACCCAGACGUGCAGCGGUUAUAUUUAGCCAUUUACAAAAGCUUCAUGGAGGCAAUUGAUGCAAUUGACAAUGGAAUCAAUCAAUAUGACACUGACCAACCUCCUAAAUAUGUGAACAAUACCCACUUGUCAUCAAGGGUUGGAAAAUUUAAUUUGGAUUGGACUGAUCCUGAUCAGUCUUCAGAGAAGGAGAAUGAAGCCUUUCAAAAGGCAAUGGCUCUUGCCGGCAGCGAGUUUUUAGAUAGUGUUCGGUUUCAUGUAAAAUCAUGGCUUCCAGCACGCUCAAUUGUCAUGGAAUGUCUGGCAGCAAGAAGUGAUAUUGACCCUAGUGGAGAGAUAAUGGUUUUGGAUAGAUUUUGCCCUUGGAAGCUUCACUUAUUUGAGCUUGAGCAAGAGUUGAAGACAGAGCCAACUAUUAAAUAUGUUCUCUACCAGGACGAAAGGAGCAAAAGCUGGAGAGUGCAGGCAGUGGCAAAAUCUCCUGAUAGCUUCGAGAGCCGAAAGCCUCUUCCUUCUCAAUGGAGAGGUCUGAGAGAUGAUGAACUCUCCAAGGAAUCUGGGAUCCCUGGCUGCGUUUUCGUGCAUAUGAGUGGCUUUAUCGGCGGAAAUCAUGCUUAUGAGGGAGCACUUGCUAUGGCUAGAGGUGCCUUGAAGCUCUAAACAGAUUCAGGAGAUGAUACAAUCGCUCCAUUUUUCACAGUAUUCUUCAUUUUGUGUGAAAAGUAUCAUCGUUUCACAAAUGUAUUAGAUUGUUGUGGACUAUGAUACAACCAAGGAAAAACAUGUUCUUAUUAUUGUUCUUUUUUGGGGUGUGUGAUUUGGUACGUGUGAAACAGUACUGGACGGAUCUGAAUUGGAUUUUGCAGAUGAGAAAGUAGUUCAGUUAUUUGAUAUUUAUCAA